UCCCUGGAAUUUGGGGAGUGUUCAGAAUGAGGAGCUGGGUUUCGUCCCUUGUGCCCAUCGUUAGUAAUGACCGACAGGCCAUUCAUACAGAACCGUUCUUCCCCAAAGAUCCCAUAGCUGCCCACUCUGAGCACCAGUGAAAUGCAGCCACCUCUGGGGUGGAGGGCACCAGAUAAACUACAGAUCCCAGAAUCCUCCAGUGCCCAACUCCUGCAGUGGCGUCUCCAGCUUGGGAGGGACGGAGCGGGAGAGAUGAGGAUGGAAGGAGGGGAGGAAACGCAGGCUCCAGAGAGGGUUUCGUUGACCUGGGAGAGCCACCCGCCGCAGCCCGCAAACAGCAGCCGGGCCAAGUGGGUCCGGCUGAACGUCGGGGGCACGGUUUUCCUCACCACCAGGCAGACCUUGUGCCGGGAGCAGAAAUCGUUCCUCUGCCGCUUGUGCCAGGGGGAGGAGCUGCAGUCAGCCCGGGAUGAGACUGGUGCAUACCUUAUAGACCGGGACCCCACAUAUUUUGGACCUAUCCUGAAUUUCCUCCGUCAUGGCAAGCUGGUACUGAAUAAAGACAUUGCUGAGGAGGGGGUUCUAGAAGAAGCUGAAUUCUAUAACAUCGGCCCUUUAAUCAGAAUAAUCAAGGACAGACUGGAGGAGAAGAACUACACCAUAACACAGGUGCCUCCGAAGCAUGUGUACCGGGUGCUGCAGUGCCAGGAAGAAGAGCUCACUCAGAUGGUUUCCACUAUGUCAGAUGGAUGGCGCUUUGAGCAGCUGGUGAAUAUCGGGUCAUCCUAUAACUAUGGGAAUGAGGACCAGACAGAGUUCCUGUGUGUGGUCUCCAAAGAGCUGUACAACUCACCCAAUGGCCUGAGCUCUGAGCCUAGCCACAAAGCCAAGAGCACAGAGGAGGAUCCAGAGGAGGAAGAGCAGGAGGAGGAGGAGGCAGAGGAGAAAGGUGCAUCAAAUCCCUGAGGAAAAUGAUAAUAAUAAAAACCCAACCAUAAAGCCAUCCGUUCCCGUCUGGUGAGAGUCCACACAGCUAGUGUCAGGGAAGCACUAGGGAAGGGGCUGAGGGAACCACUCCAGGGACCAGGGGAUGCAGUGGGGCUGAGGUCACAGUGGUAGAGGUGGGAGAUCUAUUGCACAUGGCUGCUACUUUAUAUUUAACUUUUUAUUUUUUUUAUUUUUAUUUGCAGCAAAUUAAUCUACUCGGGAUUCUGCUAAUUCUUUCUCCUGUCCAGAUUCCCUCUCCUGCUCCCUUCCCACCCAUGGGGUUCUUGUCACUGCUCUACUACUUCCUCCCUUCCACACAGUUCUUUCCCAAAGAAUCCCUCCCUCCACUCCCCUCUUCCCUCACUCUCUCUCCUCGUGCACCUGGUUUCCUGCCUCCCCUCUCACCUUCCACUUCUGGGGUCCUGUGUGCUCCCUGUUCAGGCUCCUGUCUCCUCCUGCUCCUCACUCUUCCUCCUCUGCAGGAUGGUACCUGUCUGCACUCUCAGAUAUGACUCUGAGAUCUGCAUGAGUGACUCUCAUCUCCUCCCCUCUUAUGGAUCUGGCCCUGGUUUGUAGGUCUUUGGUGGGGGCAGGGAGUGGUUGAUUCUUUCCUUACUCUGUGCUUUUCUGAUUCUCUUUGUGUGUGUCUUACUUUUUAAGCAGGCCUUACAGUUCGGGACUAGAGGCUCUGGUAGCAGAAGGAAGAGCAAAGCUGUGAGACAUUGAGAGGGAUGGGAACAAGGGGAAGGAAGAUAGAUGGGGAGCUGGGGAGAAUGCUGUAGUUCUGCCUGGCAUAUGUGCACAGAGGACUUUUCCCCAGAAGCUGCUGUUUAAUCCUCCUCUUGAUAGAUGAAAGAAUAUUUUGCAUGAGGAUUUUCAUAUAUUUCCCUGCCUUUAAAAGCCACCUUUGCCAGGUGGGCGUUUCCCAGCAGAUUCUGACAGGGUAAGCAUUCUGGGGAUGAAAAUAGAAACUAGGCAGCUCUGUGUGAAGUGUGCCCCAAUUUUUGGCAGAGAGAGACAGAACUUGGGCUCACUGCCCUAGUUGUGUGGUGAAGGGGGUGAGGAGGCCUGAGGAAGGGGCCUUGCUUCUAUUUUUUUAGGGCGUUUACAGGAUUUGUGCUAAAUUGGGGGUUCUUGAACCCCUCUUCCCACACUCCUUAGAUUAGGGGGAGUCAUUCAUUCUCUGGUAUUUGUCAGGCUCUCUCCAUCCCUCUGUUUAGGGGUCUCUCUGCCCUUAGCUGUGGGGCCUGAGUAUUAUACUGAGUCAGUAUAUUUUACUCACAUGGAUUUUCCUUCCUCUCUCUUUCUCUCCCUCCCUCCUUUUUCAUGUCUCUUUCUUUUCUGUUCUCUCAUCUCCUGUCACUUUGCUUUUCCUCUUCCUCUCGAUUUGUGUUGCUCUCCCUCUCUCCUCCAUGCUUGAUUUCUCUCUGCCUUUGGUUUUGUUCUUUGUCUCUCUCUCGUUUUCUAGUUGUUACAAGCCAGAGGCCUCAGGAUGUGAUACCGACGAUCAACUCCAGCCUUUUAAUUUCCAUUUAAAAUCUUUAUUUUUGUACUGUAGUAUAUGGCAGCCCUCUGGGGGAAAGCGUCGCAGCGACUCCACUCCUCACCCUCAACUUGUUGUCUUUGUUUUUAAAGUUCUGUUUUGGAAUAUCGUUUCUGAAGCUCACGCUCGCAUCCCCCCUGAGAAAGGGAGAUACCCCCACCUGUGUGUCUGACUUGCUGCAGGGGAUGUAAUCCACACCCUGCAAUCUCCCCAGGCCCACAGGAUUCCCCUUCCUUAGGGUCACAGUCAGUGCUUAAUUUGUGCCAGGGCUGAGCCCCAGCAUCUCUAGGCUUGGCAGUUCAUAGCCCCGGCACCUCUGGAUUUGCCGCAUCAGUUUUGAAAGUAAAUGAUUGCUUGAGCCCUGGCACCUUUUUCACUAUAAAUUAAGCACUGGUCACAGUGACCCCUGCUGGGAGGGACAGAACUCAGCAGCUACACGCUUCCUUCCUACCCCGACCUGCUGACUAGAUUCAGGCCUGUGUGUCUGAUUCACUGUCAGAGCCACUAUUGGGGAGGGCAGUUGAGCUCUGCUUGUCACCCAGGGGGCAAAUGGGGAAUCCCUGCCUCUCUCCGCAUAGCCUCUGUGCUUAGCACAAGGAGUGAAGGGGCAGCCUUGAUCCUUUGCUGGGUAAUACACACACAGAGGCCCCGCGGGGAGAGAUUUAAUUUCAAUGGGGGUGAAAGAGGCAGGAGUACGGCAUGGCAUACCUAGCUUCUGAUGUAGCUUCUGACUGUUCUUGGAAGGAGAUGCCUGCCAGGGCUUCUGGGCAUGGGGUGUUUCUGCGAUGUCUGAGGAUGCUGUGUUAUAACUCCUGAAUAAAUGUCACUGUCCAUUA